UUCAAACCAAACGCAUCAAAAAUUUCAAAAAUAUUCAGAAUGAGCCAAACCAAGCCAUGUUGCUUUACAGGGGAUAAUUGCGAGAUUUGUAAUCCACCCGAAGACUCUAAAAUUGAAGACAUUUACACAGAUCGAGAAUUCAACGAAAUUGCAAAUCAACCUAGAAGUUCAUCACCAGUAUUAAUGUGGACUCAUGAUACAUUCGACUUGCUAAAGCUUGACAGUCAGGAUGCAUUUGAGGAAUUGUACCGACAAUCGAUGCAAGACGACAAGAAUCAAUUUAAUUGCUCAGAGGACUUUAAUUCUCUUUUUGAGGAUCAAAAUUCAAAGUUAACUGAAGAAGAAGCUUCAAAAGACUCAGAAAAGAAUCAAAAUAAUCUUGAAAAUCCAUAAAAUCCGUCAAUAUAAUAUAUUU